GCUAAUUCAAACUGCAAUCAAACUGUAUAUGACUACCCGUAUUGUUAGCAGAAUAAAUGUGGAUAUAUAGGUUAAGAUUGGAUUUUUUUUGUACUAACUUAAAUAUACUAUCCAGUAUGUCUUACUAUAACCCAUAGGGUAAUUGUCAUUUAACAAUCUUCUGGAUAUGGAGUAAAUUAACGAUUAAAAGCAAUAUGACUCCUUAAUGGCAUUUUAGUAGUCGUAAGUGCAUGUUUGAAGGAAUAUUAUUUAAUUAUGACAUGCGUUUGUUUACUUAACGUGACAAAUAUAUUCUUGGAAUAACAUUAUCACGCCUUGGCCUGUGGGCUAAUGGGGGACGGGGGACAGAAUAAAUCGCCGAGAAAGACGGAAGCAUCCAUUCCUCAGCUAGAGGACAAGCUAUGGAAGGCAGUUCAGGCAGGAAAAGUAAAAAAUCUUCAGAUAUUUAUUGACGACUACAAAGAGCACGACAAAUUUAAUCAAGUCCUUAACGGUAAUGACCCCGAAUAUGACGAGGAUGGAGGUCAUGUGGUUAUUUACUGCACGAAAGAAGGGAGAGACAAGGGACCCUCAUUUGGGGGCAGGGACUACGGCUCAUGUUUGUCAUUGCUUGUCGAGAGUGGCGCGGACGUUAACAAAACAGACAUGGCUCAGAAGACUGCCCUGUCAUGGGCCGUUUCCCUGAAAUACCCUAAUUUUACCAGUCGUUUGUUGAAAUUAGGGGCUGAUGUGUCUAUAUAUGAUCAAGACGGAAACAGCCCCCUGCAUAUAGCAAUAUAUAGAGGUUACAAAGAUAUUGUAGCCUCCAUACUUGAGGUUAACCCAAAAGUAGCUAAUUUACGUGAUAAUCAAGGUGUGCCAGCUCUAGUCACUGCAGUCAAAUAUAAACAUUUAGAGAUAUGUCGUCUGCUGCUGGACCAUGGAGCAGAUGUCAAUGCUGCCGAGCAGAAGAACAAACGUACAGCAGUUUAUCAUGCCAUACGAAACAAACAUUUAGAAAUUCUAGACAUCUUGUUAAAACACAAACCUCAUCUAGACACUGUAGAUUCAGAAGGUCGUUCCAUAUUAUACCUCUGCUGUGAGUCAACCGAUGUGAGAUUUUUUCAUAAAGUUAUCAGCCAGUGCCCGAAAUUUUCGAAGAAGAUCAUGGAUCAAACUGGGGAUGAUGAUAAGACGCCCGUCAUUGUGGCGUGUCAGCAUGGCAAUGCUGAGCAGCUCAAACACCUGCUUGACAAUGGGGCUUCAGUAAAAGCAUCAGAUACCUCAGGGAAAACUGCACUCCAUCAUUGUGCCGACAACUUGGAGACACAGUGUGCCGAGAUGUUACUAGAGAAGGACAGUGCGAUCCUUGAGGUACAGGAUGAGCAGGGCUACACUGCUCUAGCCCUCGCAGUACUGGUUGGCAAUGUUAACCUGAUCAAGCUACUGCUGGAGAAAGGAGCAGAUAUUGGUACAGAUGAUAAUGAAGGUCAUAAACUAGCUCAUUGGGCAGCAGUUUGUGGGCAUCUUAAAGUGUUAGAUAUAUUGAUACAGAAUAAAGCAGACAUGUCAACAGCCGAUAGUCACCAUGCUUACCCAAUACACUAUGCAGCUCAGAUGAAUGGUGCUAACUCUGGUAAUACAGAAUCUAGAAUAUCAGAGAAGGUCUUGAAAAAAUUUCUAGACUCAAAAGUUAGACUGGAUGUUGUAGAUGAUGCAGGGAGACAACCAUUACUCUGGGCAGCUUGUUCUGGUAACGCAGAAUCCUGUAAGAUGUUACUGAAAGCUGGAGCUGAUAUCAACUCUACUGACAAGGAUGAUCUUACAGCUUUACACUGUGCUGCCAGUAGAGGGCACUAUGACUGUAUAGAAGUCCUGAGGAAAAAUGGAGCAGACGUCAACUUGAUAGACAAGAAUAAGUGCACACCAUUGUUCUAUGCAAUCACCCUUGGCAACAAGGACUGUACACAUGCUUUGAUUAAAGCCAAGACAAACGUGAACCAUGUGGAUGACAGAGGCAGAAACCCAGCUCACUGUGCUGCAAUCAAAGGUUGUCUGGACACUGUGAAAUUACUGGAGAAAGAAAAGGCAGAUUUGUGGCACCAAAAUAACAAGGGAGACUACCCAAUACACGAAGCUGCCCAGAAAGGGCAUAUAGAUGUUGUGAAGUAUCUUAUGCAACAUAAGAAUGACAAAGAUGCUGUAAAUGUGACAAACAAAGUUGGUAAAACACUUCUACACAUCGCCGCGGCAACCAACAACCUUCCACUGUGCAAGCUUCUCAUUAACGCUGACUGUAAUAAGAAUGCACUCAUGAAGCAUGCUGGGAAAGAGUUCACACCAUAUGACCUUGCAGUUAUCAAAGGUUACAAGGACGCAGCUGAUUAUCUUAAACAGAAAGGUGCCCUACCCUACUCUGAUCUUUCAAAUAUCGAAAAACGUCAAUCCAAAUCUGCCCGCUCUCGUAAAAGUAACAUAGAACCUGUUAAGGAAGAAUCAGAAAAGAAAGAAAAAGGAAAGAAAUCUCCAACCAAAGAUAAAGCAACACCUACAAAAGAAGCUGGAAAGGUCUCUCCUGCCAAAGAAAAGGGCAGCCAAGAGGCAAAACCACAUCCAGAAUCACCUGUUAAAGCAGUAGUUGUAACUGCAGUUACAGCUGAAGAAAAAAAAGAGAAGGGAAAAGAAGAAGAAAAACAAGCUAAAAGUGUUUCACCAUCUAAGACUCCAUCUCCUGUGAAGGGGAAAGAAAGCCCUGUAAAAUCUGAAGGAAAAGAAAGCCCAAAAGUAUCUGAAGGGAAAGAAAGUCCUAAAGUAUCAGACGGGAAAGAAAGUCCUAAAAAAUCUGAAAGUCCUCAGCUUGACAAAUCAGUAGGAAUAGACAAAGAUACUUCAGGUGUUAACACUGAUGCUGAAAAACGGCAGAAAAAAGUAAUAAGUAAAAAACCAAGUGCUGAUUCUGUAUUGGAAAAGGAAGAUGGUAUAAGAACAUCAAAUGUUUCUCUAAGAUCAGAAGAAUCACCUCUGACAAGAGAUGCUGGUACGCAGAAACAAGGUCCAAGGUUGAGAGACGGAAGUACUUCACCAAUGGGACAGUCUCAAGGGAAGAAGAAGGAAAAAGAAAAGGAGACAGGGAAGUAUGUGUCUCUUGAGAGAAUUGAACCAACAAAGACAGAGGAUGAAGCAGAUAGUCCUGAAGGAAGGCGAACAAGGGGGACUGGUAGAAAAACACCCAGGAGUAGGGUAGGGUUCAAUGAUAAUGAUGAUAGUGGUAAUGAAACAGAUCCUAGCCGUUCAAAAUCAAGACAAACAACACGCAGGAGCAAAAAACCUUAUAUAGAUCAUGUACGUGAAAGUGUUCGAAAAUAUCAAAACAAAAGAAAUUACUCUCGUAGUUUAAAUCAGUUGAAACGAGCACAAGUUCAUACAGGACCAAUGCAUGAUAUCGUUAUGUUCAGUAAAAUGAUGGAUAAUUAUCGCAGAGGCCUGAUGGGGGAUGAGGAAGAUCUAGACCUUCGUAACUAUGCCAACUGGGACGGCUACCUUAAUGAGCAAUUACGAUUUGUAUCACAUCUGUACAAUGAUGAUGGUUCGGAAACACCUCGUGAUGUACAGGACAUGGCAAAGGAGCAAUAUAAGAUGUUAGAGACAGAAGCUAACAACCGUAAAAAGGACACCGAUAAUCGGUGUGGGAAAAUGGCCGAACAAGAGGAGUUCCAGAGGAAGAAGAACAUGGAUAUGGAUAAAGAGAUAGACAGUCUGGCUACACGUACAGCUGAGAUGUUUGACAGUGUUAAAACAGGAGCAUCAACUAGCCUGGCUAGUGCAAAGUCACGCAAUACAAAACUACGUGAUGAAAUGAGGAAGUCACGAGAAGAGAAGUUACUGAAUACAACAGACCCUCAUGAGAGGGAAAUUCUUCAAAGACAGGCACUAGAAGAUCAGUUAGAGGACCAACAGCAUGAAUUAGACACAGAACGUAAAGAGCGCUACAAGUCGUGGAAUCGUCGUAAAGAUGAGGACAUGCGACGGAAGCUUCUACAGGCCUAUAGACCUUACUUCCCCAAUGAUGUGUUUAGCAAAAAAUCAGUAGCCAAACAUGGCAGACUUAAGCCUUUAAAGGUUACACCAAGACCAAAGACACAAACAGGCACCAAAGUUUGUAUAUCUGGUGGUAGAGUGAAAUCAGCAGGUAGAUUGAGGGUGGAGUCGUCCCCGUCACCCCGACCUAGACGACCAUUCCAGUCGCCCCGCCCUAGUUCCACAAAGUCUGGUACUACAGAGAGUAACUAUUCCUCAGCUCAGUAUAGGUUAAAGGAAGAUAAAACACAUGUUCAGAUGACACCGUAUGGUUUACGUAGGGUCAGAAAUCAAGAGAGACCGACAUAUGAUCGCCGUGCACGUGUCUAUGUUUUCAAGUCAGAAUUUGAGAUCCAAAAUCCAAAAUAUGGUUAUGACCCUGAACAAAUUCUUAAGACAAUACGCGAACUGGAGUCGAAAAUACGACGGAAGUAUCCGGCCACGUACGAGUCUUGUAUUUGUGGAGCCACGCGUUUACGACGAUUUGUUACGGGAAGAGAAGGACGCCAAACAGCUAAUCUCGUCGGACGUCCGCCGGCAUCUUACUAACGGAGAUGUUCAACGUUCUGAAAAACUGCCAAAUGAUAAUGAUUCCUUGUUGGGAUCAUGAUGAAUACACAAAGAUAUUUUUGUUUGUUCAUUAUUGUGGUUUGGCAUAGGUUGAACACGUCAGACUCGAAGUGUUAUAUAUGACAACAUUUUCCUUCGUUUGAAGUUGCAAACUAUAUGUAGACUGUGAUCCUGAUGACUUUUCCAGGGAUUUUUGUUCUUACAGGAAGAUUUUACAUUACAUUUUCCAGAAGAUUUUACCAUUUCCAUGCAUUAAGAAGAAUAGUUUUGCCUCGUGGGUAUUAGUAUUAUUUUUCAGUAGUGUCUCGUGUGCAAAAGAAAAUUUCGGCGUGCUGCGAGACACAGUAGAUAUAUAUUUAUGCAUAGAUUCCGUUAAAUGUUAGUUGUUUAUGUAAGUUUCUGUGAUACUGAAUUCUUUGUGAUAUUUAUUUAGUUGUAUACCGUUUUGUAUAAAUCACCAUAUUUAUUGUUUUCAAUAGCAGACUCUUUUGUAAUGUGUUUUUUUAUGUCGAAGACACUCGCCCAGUUCGCUCUGUGGGUAGAGCGUAAUACUUUGAUUCCAGAGGUCGCAAGCUCUCUCUCAAGUUUUUCAGCCUUUACAUACCUAAAAACAAAGCUAAAAUCGAGUAAAAAAUGGUAGUCAGACGUUAGACUAAAACAGCAUGUGUCCAUAUGAACUCCACGGCUGUAAUAAUUAAACAGUUGAAAUGUUUUAAUUGUAAAAGCAUUAUGCAAUAGACUCUUUGAAGUGAAUCAUCGACCUGUGAUAUUCUUUAUUUGUCUUGUUUUAUUUACUAUUUCUUCCAUAUUUUUUUAAUCUUUCAUAUAUAAAAUAAUGUGUUAGGGAAAUUAGUUUGCCUUUUCGAAGAAUCAAUAUUGUAUGAACAUGAAGCAAGUGGGUACGAUAAAAUAUUUUUAAAUUUUUUAACAUCUUUGAAUAAGGAAUAACAUAGUGCUAUAUUUAGAUUUAAUUGAUUAUCAUAUUCUUAAAUGCUUAACAAUAAAGAUGCGUUAUAAAUA